GGCUACGCAUCUGUCCGUUCCGGAGAAUAAGGUAUCCGUAUCCCACUAGGUCAUGAAUAUGAAAACCCAGAAGUAAAGGUUACAAGCGCCACAUCUUCUUCAACAUCAAGAUCAGCAUCAAUAUCUAGGUCCAUAUCUCUUCAGGAUCGUCCUUGCAUGCGCAUGACGAAUGUCACUUUUCGACUCGGUUCGUCACAUUUGCUACUAGCCAAUGUAAAUUGUUGCUUCCGCUACGGCCGACUCACAGCCGUUAUGGGUGGUAGCGGUAGCGGAAAAUCGACACUUUGUAAACUGGCUGCAGACAGGCAUACAACUCCUAACGGCGUUUACUCUGGCAGCAUCACCUUAGACGGCAUUCCCAU